AUGAUGACGAAGAGGCCUUUUUGGGACCUGGUCGCCCGAAAACGCCGCGAAUGCCAGGAGAAGAUUCCCUCCGAAUGGACAUUGAGUAGAGAUCUUCUGGCCGUGCCCCCGCAUCUGCUAGAAUAUGACCUCCCGCGCCGUAGCGGUAUAUUAUCUGAAGAUGAGUUGGAUCUCACCGAGAAUUUCUCGGCCACGCAGCUCCUAGCCAAGCUAGCCUCGGGCCAGGUCAGUUCGCUUGAGGUCACCACGGCAUUCUGUAAACGUGCAACUAUUGCACAGGUGGCUCUAGACCGAGCGCGCUUUCUUGAUGCCUACUUAGCGCGCGAAGGGAAACCCAUCGGUCCGCUGCACGGUCUACCUAUUAGCAUAAAAGACAGUUUCUGUGUUGAAGGCGUGCAGUCCACCGUCGGAUAUGUAUCCUUUCUACGCCGUCCACCAGAAACCAAAAAUUCCGCCCUCGUGGAACUGCUUCUGCACCUCGGGACGGUGCUCUAUGUCAAGACUAAUCUUCCCCAGACCGCAAUGACAGCGGAUUCUGAGAAUAACAUCUUUGGACGCACCCUCAACCCGCAUAACACAUCCUUAACUGCCGGCGGGUCCAGCGGCGGCGAGGGUGCACUGGUUGCAUUCCGGGGAUCUAUCCUUGGGGUAGGCACCGAUGUUGCAGGCUCUAUCCGUAUCCCCUCGCUAUGCUGUGGCACUUACGGUUUCAAGCCCACGGCCAACCGCGUCCCAUAUGGCGGACAAGUUCAAGUGUCCAUGAAGGGACUGCCAGGACUCACUGCAGCUGCCGGCCCAUUAGCGCACAGCAUUGAGGACCUACAGCUUUUUAUGAAGGUAACAGUGGGGGAUGGUCAAGCAUGGGAGUACGACGAGACGGCUGUUGGGGUCCCAUGGUCAUUUGAUGCCCAGAUAGCCAACAAGAGGAAUGGGAGCUUAAACAUCGGUGUGUUGUCUGAGGACAAGCAUUUUCCGCUCCAUCCACCCGUCAAGCGGGCGUUGGAACGUGCGAUCGCGGCCUUAACUCGAGAUGGCCAUCGCAUCAUCCGCAUAAACAACCAGGACAAAGAUGAGUUGUCCGUGGCAUAUGCCUCUCGCCUUGCAUACCAGUAUUUUACUUACGGCCCCCGAGCAAGCAUGGAUCUUAUUAAGACCAGCGGCGAGCCGCUUGUGAAAUCAGUGGCCAGGUUUGAUAACCCUCUGUUCUCAGGUCCUUUACCCGUGGACCAAGAAAUGGAACCAUUCCAGAAAAUUGGGCAAUUGCAUAUCGCUCGACAGCGCGUUAGCGAUGCCUGGCGUCAAGUGUGGGUGGAGCAGAAGCUGGAUGCUAUUCUAGCCCCAGGUGCUCAGAACACGGCCGUGGGCCAUGACACCUAUGGCUGGCCCCCUUAUACUGUAAUAUGGAAUUUAUUGGAUUAUCCGGCCUGUAUAAUUCCGUUCGGUAAAGUGUCAAAGGAGCAAGACCCAGAGAUUAUGAUUACAGGAGAUGACGUGCAGCCGGACUAUCACCCAGACGAGGUGGACGGUGCCCCAUGUGCUAUCCAGGUCAUUACGCCACGAUUCCAGGAUGAGAAGUGUCUCUGGGCAGCGGAUAUUAUUGAUCGAUCAAUUCACGCAUAG